GACUUGGACACAUCACACAUGACGUGAUGUUCGGUGAUUUUAAUUCUUAGUUCUUUAGCCCUCUGAGAGAGGAAAUAAUGGGCAGCAGUGUGUAGAGAAACUUCCUGGAAACUUACUGUAGUGCAAAGAGCAGAAGUAGAAAAGGAGGAGGAAGAGCAGAAUAGUCAGUUGAAAGUAGAAACGCUGAGCAGAGACUGGUGAAGAGAAACAGAGCAGAACAUCAGACAGAAAAAGGAAGAGUGUUCUUUUCCUGUGGAGGAACAGAUCGUCUAAAUCGUCAUGAUGCUCGCUCUCAUCUGGGCAACUCUACUCUUGUCUGUGAGUGGACGUACUGCGACCAGAGAUAGACGAGAAGCACCAGUGAAGAACAACCCAAACUGUGAUGAGGACAAACCCUGUAACAUCCUGAGUGAAGCAAAUAUAACAGCAGAGGCUGGACUCUGUGUUGUUAUACCCUGUUCUUUCACUGCCGAAGAUGGUUUUGAUGUCAAAAAUAUAACUUGGUACAAGUGUGAUGAAAAAGGUGACAAACCAAUAUAUAAUUCUAAAAACAUUCGACCUGAGUAUGAAGGACGGGUGUCACUGCUGGAGUCUGACUUCAGGAAGGGAAACUGCAGCAUCAUCAUCAAUGACCUCACCUCGUUAGACUCUGGAUCAUACUAUAUCAGAGCUAAUGGUAGCAAGAAGAAAGCGGAUUGCAAAAACAGUGUCAAAGCAACUAUCACUGUGACAGCUCUGAGUCAAAAGCCCAACAUGAUGAUUCCUCCUCUGACAGAGGGACAGCAGACCACACUGACCUGCACUGCUCCUGGUCUCUGUUCUGGAUCUCGUCCUACUAUCACCUGGAAGUGGAGAGGAGCAGGAGGGAAGGAUUCUGACAUUACAGGAAAUGUCACUGCUUUCCAGACUGAGAGAUACAGCUCAACUCUGACCUUUACUCCUUCAGCUGAACACCAUGGUACCAAUAUCACCUGUAAGGUCAACUUUACAGGUGGCUCAGCUACAGAGGAGACACAAACUCUUACCUUCAACAGUAUCGCCACUGCACCUGAGACACAUCAAAACGAUGGAGAUGAUGAUGGAGAAGCAAAGAAAAAUGUUACCAACACAAAAAACGAGCCAGAAGAAAAAGGUCUAUUAGCAGAUGUAUUAGACGUUGUUCUACAGCUGCAUGGCAUCACUGUGUUUUUGGUCGGCUUUGUGAUGGGGAUGCUCCUUUCGGCAAUCAUCGCAUGCCUGGUGGUAAAAUGCUGCAGAAAAAAACAGAAGAGGUCUAAAUAUCUGGACGACAACGUGGAGCUGGUGGUUGCUCAAGCGGCUCCACUGAUGGAUGACGGUCCAGCAGCAGAACAUGAUCGGAUCCACGUCCAGGAUGCAGCUGAGGGAGGAGCUGAGUCUUCCGGACUUGACGGUGACCUGAGACCGAAAGAGGUGGAGUACUCAGACCUUGAUUUCUCGGCGAUGAAGAGGAGGAAUCCCACAGGGGCAGAGGAGACGCAGGACGCGGCGGACACGGAGUACGCUGAAAUUAAAAAAGAAGCGAGAGAGGAGAGGCCCGGCGGCGGCGGAGAGAACGGUGACGUGGUGGAGGGCAGUUGGGAGGAGGAGGAGGAGGUGGUGGUGAUGAUGAUGAUGGGGGAGGAUGAGGAGGCACAGCAGGGCAUGAACGCUGAGGAGGAGGGGGGAGGCGAGAAUGCAUUCUAAUGUGAGUGGCUGAAAUCUGAGGUCAGGCGAAGUCGCAUGAGGAUGCUGUUUGCAAAGCAUACAGUGAGACAAAUUUAAAAAGCAGAUGUGUGAGCUGUGUGUGGUUUGUUAGAAGAUGAUAUAGAGGUUUUUUUUUGUGUGUGUGUGCUUGUGUGUUGGUGUGAUGUAGAAUUCCUUCGACAGAAAGGAAAUCAUGUGUAUAUAUUUUCUUUUAAAAAUGCAUUAAUUAAAGUGAGUAGGAGUAAAAGAAAGGAUGCUGGAUGGAUGUGUUGUCUAGACAGAAGAGUAAUGGUUAAGCAGUUGGGAGAUUAGUUUCUCAAGUAAAGUGUUCUCAUGUGAUGUAGUUUAAUGUGUAAAUAACUGUCCUGUAAGUAGUUUAUUUUUUUGUCAUUGUGGGUUUUUAUUUUUUUUAACCACCUCACUGGUAUCUUGGCAAACGAAACAGAGUUACUCCAUUCAUCCAGCUACCAACACAAUACCUGUUCUACCUACACCGUGUACAGAAUCCAGUCAUAAAUUCACACAACUCUGACUUUAGCCUUCACAACUGAGCCACAAAACAUAACAGGAUGAAUUAGCAGCUUUAUGCUAAUCAGUUCAUCAUCAUAAAUAAAUGCAGCUACAAUUUCAUUUUUUUUAAAAUAACACAGCGCGAACUAGAACGUCUAUACUAUCGAGUCCAGUUCAUUUCUGUGAUCAAAUGUGUUGUGCCCCUUUUUUUGUCAAUAAAAUAUAAUCAAAACUUA